AGGUGGGGAUUUAUGACUCAGCUGGCUUUAUGGGAUGGGACCUGGUAGGUUUUCUUUGGCCCACGACAGUGAACCUGGAGAAGCCGUGAAGGGCACUGUCAUGCCCAUUUUGUAGAUAGGGUACUCCCAGCCUCUGGUCACACCACCUGCCACGGCGGGGCUGAGACUCGGGCUCCCAGGCAGCCUUCACUCCGAUUAACUGAUUCACCGAUUACCAGGAACCUGUGGGUGACAGGCUCACCUGGAGGGCAGGGUAAACACGACUGCGGUUGCUUUAUAGCCUUUUACCAACACCCAUCACGUCAGCAUACAGAGCUCACAUCACACUUUAAAUACAUUUAUGAAGAACAGGUAACAUCUUUCACUGCCUUUUAUUAUUCUAGUUUAUGUUUGGAAACAAACUUGGUAGCUGUGAAACAGCGUCCCCUUCAGAAAGAGAACCUGGUCAGCGCUGGCGCAAGAGGGCGGAACCGCCCCUGGGCUGGGCAGUAGUGCUCCAGAGCACAGAAGGAGGGUGGUUUGGCUGUCAGCUCGUAGAGACACACACGUCGCCCAAUGGCUUUCACAAAGACGUUUGUUAGAUGGAGCUUCCUUUUGUUGGAUGUUCUGCGCUAGGCAUGGAGGGAAAUGCUGGACAGGCGCUCUGGUGCCGCUCUCAACAGCCUGUCAGAUGUACAUUAUUACCCAUUUACACCUGAGGAAACGGAGGCUCCAGAGGUGAAGAAACGAGACCCAGGUUAUGAGGCGCAACGUGGUAAGGCCAGGACGCAAGCCCUCCACCUGACUCCAAACCCAGGCUCCCAGGUGCCGGAGGGAGCGUCUCUGACUGACGGAAGUCUGGUCUGGGGUCAGCGCCCUGUCUCAGGGCUGAGGGUCCAGCCGACGCAGGUGCUGUAAACUUGGCACGUGCGCCGAGGGACGCGUUGCGCACUCACCUCCGUGAGAGUUUACGAGCACCUGUUAGAGCCUGGUGGUUUAGAAGGCGCAGGGAUGCCUCGUCGGUGGGGCAGCCCCCAGUCCUGAUGGAUGUCAGGUCUGUGAGCAGAAGUAGACGGGUGACAGGCAGUUACAGGCGAGGGGAUGUCACGAGAGUGGGCUCAGGAUUCCCCGGCGGUCCUGGGAGGAAGACCACCCGUCCUUGAUCUGGUAGAGCUGGACGUGCCAGGGCGUCCUGGAGCCAAGUCUGGUCUAAGCAGCAAAUGGAACUAAUUACAGGUGGUCCCAGUAUGGGAAAGGGUGUGACACUCAUUGUGUGGGGGCUGUUGACCGGCAAAGGGCACCCCCUGGACUGCUGCAGGGCCCUUCUGGGGCCGAAUCUCCAUCUCAGAGCUGCCUCUGUUGUACUGUGGGCCAAAUCCCACCCAGGAAGCCCACCGUGCAGGGAGGGGCCACUUCACAGGGACACACAGCAGCUCCCAGGAGGACGGGGCACAGCUUCUGGGACCACUGGUGCUUGGAUGUGGGGAGUCACAGUGGGGGAGAGGAGGGCAGAGAGGGAGCAGGGCUGAGAGUGAGAUUCCAGCCUUCCAUCGUAGGACCCCGCCUAGCCCCACGUGUAGGGUGUGGGUCUCCCAGAGCCCUUGUCUCAGCCCAGCUUGGGGUGGCUGGAAAGGCUGCGAUCGCCUCCCUGCUCUGACUUAACUAGGGAGCUGCUGAUUCUGUGAGCCUCAGCAACCCCCCACCCCGGGACCCCCUGUGUUGGGCUUCUAGUGCUGUAUGCGGCAAGGUUGUUGCAAGACAGAAAGGAGGCAUGGCUCUCCACUUAAGAGUGUGCACAGAUCACUCAGGGAACCUGUUAAAAAGAGAGAGUUCUGUAUACACACACCCUUCCCAUCUGCUCAGGGCUCGAGUCAGGGAGUCUGGAAUUGCAUCUGAAAACCACCCCUUGGAUGGGAUGAUUCUCAUGCAGGGGUCCCUGACCCACAGGGAGGAAGGUCGUGAGCACUUACAAGCUCUUAGCCAUGGUAAUGAGGUUGUGUUAAAGUAGGUGUGUAGGGGGUGGCGGGCAGCAGGACACUGCUUGGGGGGGUCUGCCUGCACACCCUGUUCUCUCCUCCCACCCCAGUGAGAUGUCCCACUCGCUCUGUUCUGCUUGCGCUUCGUAUCUAUUUCCUCAGGGGCCAGAGACCAAAAGGGUCAGCAGGAGAGUGUUGAAAUCUCAGCCUCAAAACCACAGCAUGUCUGCUCUCCCCUGCCGAGUGAGGACUCCACUUCACCCUCUUUUUUGUCCCCCCAGCAAUAUUUUCAACCUGAUUCCCAGAUGGGAGCAGAGAGAAGAGUCUCAAAGCCCGGAGGCCCAUCACCUGCAGGACCAACCUGACAGCCUGCCAUUGAGCCAGGAUAAACACACCGUGGUUCUGCACCGGCUGCUGCUGGAGAAGACGGAGGUCAGUGAGGGCGACUGCCACAUGGACACCUGCAAGAUACCUGAAGUGCCCAGGUUGGUUUACCCCAAGGCUCAGGUCCUCCAGCCCACGAGAACGGAUGUGCUGGUCAUGACCCCGUGGUUUGCUCCCAUCGUCUGGGAUGGGACCUUUGACUCUGCCAUCCUGGACGCCCAAUUUAGAAACAUCACCAUUGGGAUGACCAUAUUUGCCAUCAAAAAAUACACGGUCUUCCUGAAGCUGUUCCUGGAGACGGCGGAGAAGUAUUUCAUGGUGGGACACAAGGUCAACUACUACGUCUUCACUGACCGGCCGGCGGAUGUGCCCCAGGUCCCACUGCGGCAGGGGAGGCAGGUGGUGGUCCUCGAGGUCCGAAACUACAGGCGCUGGCAGGACGUAUGCAUGCACCGCAUGGAGAUGAUCAGCAACUUCUCUCGGCAGCGCUUCCUCCACGAGGUCGACUACCUCGUGUGCGCGGACGUGGACAUGAAGUUCAGCGACCGCGUGGGCGUGGAGAUCCUGGCCCCGCUCUUCGGGACCCUCCACCCUGGUUUCUACGCAGCAGAUCGCGGGUCCUUCACCUACGAACGCCGCGCGUUGUCUCAGGCUUAUAUUCCGAGGGAUGAGGGUGAUUUUUACUAUGCAGGGGCAUUUUUUGGGGGGUCGGUCCUUGAAGUCCACCGGCUCACGGCGGCCUGCCACCAGGCGAUGAUGGCCGACUGGGCCCGUGGCCUCGAGGCCGUGUGGCACGAUGAGAGCCACCUGAACAGGUACCUGCUCUACCACAAGCCCAGCAAGGUGCUGUCCCCGGAGUACCUGUGGGACGAGCGGAUGCUGCGGAGGCCGCCUUACCUGCGGAAGCUGCGGUACGUGGCGGUGCCCAAGAAUCACGCAGAGAUUCGGAACCGGUGAGCUCGUUCUGCCGCGCGCCCAGGCGCCAGGCUGCGGCGCGUGUCGGGGGUCGUCCCUCUUGGAGAAGGUACUGGCCGAAGACUUGACGAAGUGGCUGAGUCCAUCUCCCUCCGUUUGCUCUUUUGGCGUGGCUCCCACCACUGGUCAAACCAACUCAGCUCUGAGUUUUCAUUCCCCUCUUGUCCUGCGUUCUAUGUAAACACUAUACCCAUCCUUAAAGGUCCGACAAGGUCACCUUCCCGUGAAGCUUUCUUUGUGUCUCUUCUUCCUGCGGUGGAAGUGCAUUGCCCCUCCCUCUGCGUUUCCCUAAGGCACUAGGUGUACCCCUUUGGCUGAGUCCGCCAUUCUGCCUGAAUUACCCACCCGUCUUGCUCAUUAUCGCGUGAGCUCCUGAGGGCAGAGGCCAACACUUGUUCAUCUUUCUAUCCAUCAGUACCUACCUCAGUGCCUUAUGCCCAGAGGCUCUCAAGUCACGUUCACAUUCGAAUUUAAGGGCCCCUUCAAAGCCUAGUUUCCCAAGUCAUAGGGCAACUGGAGAGGCCCAACCUGAAUUCACUGCCUUGCUUUGGUUUGCUGGUGUUGGCAACUUGUUGCUUUCAAUUGUUUGUCGUUUUCUUGUUGAUUUGUGGGAGUCUGCUACAUAUUUUGGAUGCUAGUACUUUUAUUAGAUACAUGUUAAAAAUAAAAACACCUUCCAGUUUU